UCCUCCCUUCCCUCCCUCAGACUGCUGGAGGUCAAGUUUAGGCACCCUAUAUAAUUUUUUUUUUUUCUGUCCAACAGAACCGCUGAGACUGCCAUGAGGACCCUCUCUGCCUCCUCACCAACCUCACGUCACUCCACCAAGAAGAAUAAGGUUGACGGGUGGUUGACGCUGUUCAACCUGCUCGGAAGUAGAAAAUUGAGUGCCCCAGGCCUGUGUGCUAGUGAUGUGCCCAACCCCCUCAAGCUUUGCCUCCUUACCACACUGAACACAUCACACCUCCUCAUCACCUCACCUACCUCCCCAUCCCUCAUGCUGUGCACCUCAGCAUUGUCCAGUCAUGUACAGCCACCACCACCAUCUCUGCCUGUCACUUUGAACUUGGUCUGGGAAGGAAGGGAAGCAUCUCAAGACUCAGGAAUCAAGGUCCACAGUCCACCGCAGUCCAUCAGGAGUGGGAGUCUGGUCUACCGUGGGACAGCAAAGGGCUAUGGCUGAUUGGCUGGUGCUGUCUGGUCACUCAGCUCAGCAAGGGACUGGAAGCUGGAACUCUCUCUCUCUCUCUCUCACCAAAAAAGUAGCAUAAAAGUGUAUAAGGUCCAUUGAAAAAAAGAGAGAGAGAGAGAGAGUGUGUUCCAUCUCAUCCUCUCUCUCUCUCCCCCCAACAUCCAGGCGGCAUCUU